GGCACGGCUCGCCCGCUGCCCGGCCGCGGCGGCGCGCGCCGGACGGGCCCCCGCGGCGGCACCCGUCCACGUCCGCCGUGCAUGAGGCCGGGACGCAGCACGCAGGACCCGCGUCCGCAGAGCCACCCCUUCCGAUGUCCCGGCAUGAGGCUUCUCCGACAACGGUGCAACCCGCCGGCAGCCAGCGCCCCAACGCCUGCUGCUUCUGCUGGUGCUGCUGCUGCAGCUGCUCGUGGAACGAGGACCGGGAGCGAGCAUGGAGGGCGUCUCGGGAGACCAAACUGGAGACCAUCCCAAACUGUGAAGCCUGCGCCAGACCCACGGCCGAGGAGGUGCGGGGCUGGGCGCAGUCCUUCGACAAGCUGAUGAAGAGCCCGGCGGGCCGCAACGUCUUUCGGGAGUUCUUGCGGACUGAGUACAGCGAGGAGAACAUGCUCUUCUGGCUAGCGUGCGAGGAGCUCAAAAACGAGUGCAACAAGCACAGCAUCGACGAGAAGGCGCGGGUGAUCUACGAGGACUACAUCUCCAUCCUCUCGCCCAAGGAGGUGAGCCUGGACUCGCGGGUGCGGGAGGUCAUCAACCGGAAGAUGCAGGAGCCGUCCUCGCACACCUUCGACGACGCGCAGCUGCAGAUCUACACGCUGAUGCACAGGGACUCGUACCCCCGCUUCCUGAACUCGGCCAUUUACAAAGCGCUGCUCCAGAGCGUCUCCCGCGCCUCCUCGGAGGCCUAGGGGCGCCGCGGGGGGGGGGGGGGGGGGGGCCGCACCGGCCCGGGGCGGCCGCCACCCCAGUUUUUAGCUUUUUACCUAUGAACCGUCCGUCUGUCCGUCCGUCCGCCCGGGCAGCGGUCCCCGCGCGGGCGCCCCGCAGGCCUGGCUCGUACUACUGAAGCGCUGCCCCGGCGGGGGGCCGGGGGGGGGACACACCGGUCCCCCGACCCAGGCUCUGCUCCCGGAGGUCACUUUACCCCCUGCCCGCCGCCCCCGGGGCCGCGGUGAGUCCCCGCAUCCCCCCGCCCCGAGCCCCGGUUGGGGACCGGUUUUGGGGGGCUUGAGGGCAGGGGGGGAUUGUUGUUGUUUUGAUUUUUUUUAUUAUUAUUUUAAAUGCUUUUUUGUUGGCUUUUAUCAAGGGGUGGGGGGGGGGAUAAGCAGCUGUACAUAUAAAAACUUGACAGGUUUACAUCGCUCCGUCUGUUUGCAGCGGCCCCGGGGGGCGGGCGGCGUUCCGGCCCCUUCCCGUGGGCUCGGAGCCGGAGCCGGACGGGAGGGAGCCUCUUCACACUGGUACGGCCAGGAAACCACCAGCGGUGGAGCGGGGAAGGGGGGCAGGCUCUGGGGCUCAUCCUCUCCCCGUGCCCCCCGCCCCCCGGACUCCCCAUAUCCAGCUGCCCCGGGCCAGCGACUCGGAGCGGGCGGAAAAACCCACGCGGUUAUCGUUCACCCGCCGGCACAAACUCGCAGGCGCCCCGGAGGAGCCGGGCUCCGCGCGGGACGGGAAGCGGCCCGGGGAGGGCACGCAGCACCCGCGCAUUUCCGCACGGCACGAGGAGUCGCUUACCCGAGCGCCGGCUCCCAGAACUGGACCAUUUCGGCCCGCAGCAGCCCCCGCGCGCCCCACGGCCGCCACCGCGGCCUUCGCCUUCGCCGGCCGCACAAAGCAGCCCGUGGUUUCACACCCAUCUCCCCCCUCCAUCCCUUUCGGGGGCGGG